AUGUCGCCGGCGACUCGCAGUCAGACGCUGCGAGAGGCCACCGCUGCCAGUACAGAUCUCCCACAACACAACCUCGCCAGCCCGCAGCACCUGAACGAUGUCAUCCAACGGCGCAGUACCACCGUCGGCAAGACCAGUGCCGGGUCCACUGAGCUUUCGAAAACGCGAUACCCCGAUACGCCGCCACGAUUUGUAAUUGACCUUUCGCUUCCGCCCGAACAGCGAUAUCUCGAAGUAUGCGCCGUCUUCAACCAAGAAGUCAAUGGUCUAACCCCAUUGUUUGAUGAAGUUGUUGGAGGUAUGCUCUACCGGGUACCUUUGAUCUGGGUGCAUCUGGUGUGCCGCUUGCUGCUCCGUCGAGUCCAUGAUGGAGACGAGAAUCGAGAGCUCAAGGGCAUUAGCAAGGCCACAGGUGUGCCCAUGUAUCUGCUCGUAUGCUUCAACGUGCUUCUGGAUCUGUUCAUGGGCUGCAGUAGUGGUGGAGCGGCGGUGAAGGAUGAGGAAAAGGGAGGCACAAAGAUGUUGCAUUUCAGAACGCUUGAUUGGGGCAUGCCUUCUUUACGCAAAGUGGUAAUCCAGCUGGACUUCAAGACUUCUCACGAUGGGCCUAUUGUCGCAUCGAGCCUGACAUACGCAGGAUACGUAGGAGUGUUGACCGGAGUGAGAAUGCACAUGAGCUUGAGCUUGAACUUCCGGCCCAACCGCAACGAGAAGGGUCACUUCUGGCCAGACUCGAGAUACUAUUGGCAUCUCUUGAUGGUUCUUCUUGGGCAUAGACGCAGCAUAUCCAGCGAACUUCGGCGAUUCCUGAUACCCAGGCGUAAAAAGCACUUCUGGCCAUCGGGGUCGCCAGAAGCGUGGGAAAUAUGGACAUACGAGGAUAUUGUCAAGAUCGUAACGCAUGCAGAUGAGGCCCGCGUGCCGUUGAAGAGCACAGCGUGCUACUUAUGCUUCAGUAAUGGCGUUGAAACCACAGUGGUUGAAAAGGACUACAGAACAGCAAUCGCGAGAGCUAGCGACAAUUUCGUCGUAGUCACAAACACAGAUGCCGACCGGCCCGACAGCACAGCAACUCAGAGCAGUUCUGGGACGCAGUAUAGCAGAGACACAUACAAAACUACGGGCACAGAUAACAGUACCGCUGGAACUAGUAACUAUGAACAGAAAGCGCCGACCGGCAUGGAGGACCUUCUGAGUGAGGCUAAAGACCGACAGCAGUGUGCUGAGCACAAUUACUACAAUUUGCGGGCGAAGAAGGCCAGACGGAGUAUGACGGCGGACGACAUGAAGCAACUUGUGACGGAAGAGGAGGUGAUUUCGCUGGUGCAGUCGUACCCCACCACGAAUGAAGAGACGCAUUUUGCUUGCGUGAUGGACCCGACGGAGGGCAAUGUCAAGUGGUGUAGAAGAUGGGUCAAGCCCAUUUCAGCGAAGUGGAUUAGGAGCCAUAUGAGGCGGAUGGACUGGUCCGAAGAUGUAACCUUCAACAUAGCACCUACUGUAGGUCAGGUAAUGCUGAUGGGAACCUGGUCCAUUCACACGGCGGUAACUACCUCGACUUCGACACGUCCGAUUCCAUCUCCCUCAUCCUCCUCCUCUUCUAUACCUGUCACGCUCAUUCACUUACCUGUCUCUGAUCCAUACUGCCUGCCUCCUCGCCGUGGAGUACCUAGUGUCGUUGUUAUAUUUCUGUUGCCCGUCCAGACUACGCCCGCGACUAGACCAGGGCUUCUCUCCACUCGCUUCUUUUCCAUUGUCCAGGGUACUCGUACGCUGGUCCGACGCGUUCGCAACUUCACCUCCGAUAUUUCACCAUCAAUGGCGACUGCUCACGCUCCUAUGGCCAGAGUGCCGUUUGCGCCCAUCGACAAUCCGCGUCUACAGCAUCUCGCCAGCGCGAAGAAUCGCCAAAAUGGACUCUUCACGCACAAGUCCUCCACCACAGACGCGAAGAGUAGCAGCAACAGCAUGAAGAGCGGCCACAUCAGCAUCACCACCGCCACCACCUCUUCCCAUAAACGUGCCCAUGAUUCUUCCACAUACGACGACGACUGUGACAGUGAAAACGUCGACCCUGCCAUGUUUGAUUCACCGUCAAAGAAGAUCAAAGGCAGCAUGUUUGCCCACUCCACCACGAAGCCAUUCACAUACAGCUCGGGCUCGAGCCACCACACCCCUGCAAGAAUUUCAAUGCCACCACCCUCCUCCUCCACCUUCUCCUCCCCACGCUCUUCUCACACACCUUUGCGUGCGAACAUGUCUUCACCACGAGCACCAAUGACUGCACCAGCUGGAAGAUCACCACAGAGAAAGCGCGCUGGAUUGAAAUCAACCCGACGCACUUCCGCUCCAUUCUCGCGUGUCAACCCGCCAUCGUUCAACUCCACCUCAGCCUUCGCACUUCCAUUCAGUCUGGACGCAGCACUCAGCAGCUCUCUCCCUGGCUCCACUCCAGCAUCUACACCCACGCCCAACAUGUCUGGUGCCACCAUUGCCGAAAGCAUGCCCAAGACCUGGCUCUUCGAGAUUUACGAAGACUCUCCCGAGGAGGAGGCCGCCAACUUGAUGGAACAUAGCACUCUGACUCUCGACCUGUCUUCUGAUGAUGAGGAUGGCAAGAAGGUUGACGACUACCGUGGCAAAGAAAACACGCCACCAGAGGGCUAUGACGCGCCGACCGCCUCGAGGUCCAGCUCGUCCACCACUCCUCUCCCAGUGCUGGGUUCCAAGAAAGACAUUGUCAGGAAGAAGGUCGUCAAGGAUGAGAUGGAUGACGGAUCGCGGUCGCCAUUGUCAGAUCUCGAGACUGAGGACUUCUAUCCUGAAGGCUUGACCAAGGACUCGUUUGUACUCGUAGACGAGGUUGUCGAAGAGCCGGCUGCUGCACUCACUGACGCCAAGGAGGUGUUGUAUGGUGCCGUCACUGCGAAGGUGGUCACUGCUCUUGACAAGGACGAGAUUGUCAUCUGGCAGGAUAAGGAGGCUGUCUGAACAGAGAUGGAACGAACCUAGGUUCACUGUCAUCAAUGGUAACCUCACGGAGCGGUGUUUGGACCCAAAGGUUUCUUUCUGUACCAGUCAUCACUCUGGUGGGUGGGAUGGUCAUCACAUGGCGUUUGGGCUGUCUGGGUACCCUAUGAACCUGAAGCGGGUGGAGACUACAGCAGUGCUACGAUGUCUAUGCGUUUAUAAUGCUUGUUCAUGAGAAAAGUGAAACAGUAAUUCCC